AUGGCCGCUAGAAGUCCAGAAACACAUACGCCAUACAUCAACGUACAGUCCGUCUCAGCCAGCAAUGAUGCCAAUAUUCAGAUUGGUUUUAUGUCUCACGAAAAAGACAGCUUGGAGACUUCAUUAGCUAAGCUGCCUAUUGCUUUCGAAGCGGCCUUCAACUCAAAGCACAAUCAGAGUGAAGCACUCUGUCUUUUGAACACCCGCUUGGAGCUUCUUGACAGUAUAUCGAUAUGGAUUGAGCAUGAUAACGAGAAGACAGUCUUUUGGCUUACCGGAAUGGCUGGAACGGGCAAAUCUACUGUCGCUCGUACCGGCGGUGGAGAUCUCAACAAUGGCAACAAGCUAGUUACUACACUUGCAUGGCGGCUAGCCAUCAGAAUACCCUUGACAAAACGGCACGUAUGUGACGCUGUUAGGACAAAUGAGGAUAUCACCACCCUGUCUCUCCACGACCAAUGGGAGCGACUCAUAAUCAACUCGCUCUCACAAAUAAGUUCGCAAUCUUCGUCAACCAUAAUCCUAUUCGUCAUCGACGCGUUAGACGAAUGCGAUAGUGAAGGUGAUAUUUGGAUCAUCUUGAAAUUUUUGACAACAUCGAAGCUCUCCGCAAAUAUUCGACUGAAAAUCUUCAUUACAAGCAGACCGCAUGUUGCAAUACGUGGAAAGAAAAUAAUCAAACGCCUGGUUGAAAUUGCUUAUGGGCUCUUCAUUUGGGCGUCCACAGCCUGUCGUUUUAUUCGCGAGGAUAAACGAUUUGCGAUCAAAAGACUCAAAAAAUUGAUUCAUAGCCAUCGCGUGAGCAAAGGUCCUGAAAAGCAGUUGGAUCAGAUAUAUACCACCGUUCUUCAAGAAUCUAUUGAACAAGGUACCGAAGAUGACGGGGAGAGGGAGGAGCUGUACUCUAUGCUCAGAGAGGUUUUGGGAAGUGUUCUGAUACUUUGCGCUCCGUUGUCAAUGGAAUCUUUGUCAAGUCUACUUGGUAUCCCUCCACAAGAUAUCAAAGACACGCUUGCCGAUCUCCAUACCGUCCUCAACAUCCCUAGAUCCAUGGCCCAAACUAUGCGAUUGCAUCAUCCCACAUUCCGAGACUCGCACAAAGAGUUCUCUGAGCGCUGUGUGGAUUCGAUGUCAAAACACCUCAAGAGAAACAUUUGUGAGCUUAAAUCACCAGGCACAUUUGUCAAGGACAUCGAGCCUACUCAAAUCGAGCAGCAUAUACCGCUCGAUCUCCAACAUUGUCAACAGGGUGGAAUCCACCUACGAGAUGGUGACAAGCUCCACAAAUUCUUCCAAGAAUUCUUUCUUUACUGGCUCGAGGCAGUCAAUCUCAUGGGUAAGGGUGAUGAAAUGGGGGCAAUAAUUAGGCUUUAUCAUGCCCUUCUCAAGCCAGCAGAUAAUAGGCGUCAGCUUGCAUUUGCCAAAGAUGCACGACGGUUCAUUUUCAAAUUCCAGAACAUCAUCAAACAAGCACCUUUGCAGGUAUACUGUGCGGCUCUUGUGUUUAUUCAACCAACAAAUGAGCUUAAAAUCAUUUUUGGCAUCUAA